UCGAUGUCGGAACCCAGAUCCCUGAAAUCGCGGAUGACCGUUCCAUGUAGAAUGGUCCUCCGUCUUUAAGUUCAACCUGUUUUUCAUUCCGUUACGAAGGCGAUAAUAUUCCUGUAUCAACGCAUGCAAUGUGCUGCAAAUCCGAAGUGGUUCUAUUGACUGACGCAGACCAGCGCCGAGAAUAUUUCAAUGCCAGGGUUGGUGUGGGUCAAAGUUUUGAAAAAUUAGGGAGAUUGUGUGGCAAUGUCGAAGUGGGGAAGCGAUGGGGUAACGAUAGAAAUUUACAUCCGAGGAAGGGGGCCGAUGCACAAGCUCAAGCUGCCGUGGGAGGGAUACGAGAAAAACCAGGUCGACCUCGAGGGAUUGAUGCGCAAGUACCGAUUGAAGAUCUUGUAUGCCUACUCGCUCACGCACGGCCGCGGAGUGCAGCAGCACUACAGCCCGAAAACAGGGCUGUCUCUCAUCUCGUACUCUGGCAAGCAGGAUUCAAUCAUCCGUUAUGACGCAGAUCUCAAGCCGACGAUCGGUGUCGUGGUGAGCCGGUACCCGGUGGCGGCAGCGUUAGUGGCGUUGCUGGUGGUGGGGACGACGACGUCGCAAGCGAGAUGGGUGGUGAGCAUGCAGCAGGCUCUCGGAGGUCGGGCUGCGUGGAUCGCAUGCUUUGUGGUGAUGAUGCUCUCGCACUUGGCUCGCCGAAUCAUGACCAAGAGGACGCGCAAGCACAAAACUACGACGACGACGACGAAGACGAUGUGAUGGUGGAGCGAGCAUCGGACAUGCAAACCCUAAUUCAACACCCCCUUGUGAACCCACACACCCCCCCCCCUUUGUGAUGUGUUGGGUGAGCACAUUCUUGAUUGAGAGAAGGAAUAUUGUGGCUAAUUUCUAUAGUUUUUCAAAAGAAUUACGUAGUAUUGCUUUUGUACAAUGAUCACACGAAGAAUGGUAUAUUUGUUGUUCCUUGAAUAAAUAUGUGAAGUGUUAAAUUUG